AUGAAACCUCAUUAUGGGUUACGAAAUUUGGAGUAUUGGAACCAAAAGCACGAUUCUGGCGGCCGAUCAGUAGGAAUCAAGCCCAACUCUCCAGCUAAGUUUGCCAAGACGAUAUGUCGAUUGCCAAACGACAUGAAGCAAGAACUUUCUAGCCAGAAGGUAACCAAGAAAAUAUAUAGCGAGUCCGAAAAGACAAUAGAAUCGAGAAUCAAAUCGAAGGCGAAUAACAAUGCCAAGGUCAAAGUGAAGAACAAAGUGACCAUGAAGGUGGUCAAGAAGCAGGCGUUUAAGCCAGUGGUCAAUAAACAGAUGGUCAAGAAACAGGUGGUCAAGAAACAGGUGGUCAAGAAACAGGUGGUCAAGAAACAGGUGGUCAAGAAACAGGUGGUCAAGAAAAAGAAGGGCAAGAAGGCGGGAACGAAGGCUAGGAAGACUAAGAGAUCAGUCAAGAGAAAAAACGUGACAAUUGGAAAUUAUGUGGAUACGGAGGAGCUAGCCGAGAUGAAGCUAGGCAUCAUGGCAAAAGAGGUUGAAGACAGUCACUGA